AUGGCGGACCAAGCAAUAUCCUCCGGUUCCAGCGAUUUCAAAUGGGAAUACGCCAAUAUACAGCUUUGCAGGGAUGAGGUCCUGGAAGGUGCCGAAGAGGAGGCGCGCGAACGAACCGUCACGGCCGGCCGAAGCGUGUCGAAAGGAUUUCUUCGAUUGUAG